CUCUAAACGCAGUCCACCGUCCGAUGUGUCUCCGACAGAGACCCCAGAGGACACAGCGCGUGUCUGUCUGUCCCCUCACAGCUGCAGCGGACGAGACGUUAUCCAUGCUAAUGCUAGGCUAACGAGCUAGCAUGCGCCUCACUUGCAUCAGAGCUUCAGAUGGAGGUGGACGGCUGGGACCCCAGUCUGGAGGAAGAACUGGGCGUUUCUCUAGACGAGCUGAAGAAAUGGAUCGAAGAGGCCGUGGAGAAAAGCGAGAUCGUGCAGAAGAAAAAGGCUCAGCUGACGGAGCUCAAGGAAUGGGUGGAGCAGAAAGAGGAAGAGAAGGCGAGGACGGAGGUGCUUCUCAACGAUGCCAAUCAGUCCAUAUUGGAGUGCGAGAAACUAGUGAAGGCAACUUAUCAUAGGAAUGGUCUCGUUUACCGUGAGAGCAGCUCAGAGGACGAGGGGGUGGGAGGAGGCGUGUUGUCCUCUGAGGUCAUCGAAAUAGACGAUGACGACGACGACGACGUCAUCGCUGUUGGCUGUUUGGUUCCUCCAAAGAAGCCUGGCACUCCUGUCAAAGAUCCAGUGGUAAAAGAGGCGUCUGCAGCUCUACAGAAAACCACCCAGCAGGUGCAGAAAUUGGCCCAAAUGGUCAGCAAGCCGCCGGGUGCUCCAUUGCUCAGACCUCCACCGCAGUCUCCAUCCCAGUCAGGUAUUCAGAGCUCAGUGCCAUCAGUGUUUGUAUCCCAGGUUCCAUCUCAGUCCAUGACCCAGCCGAACCCAAACAUCAAACAAGACGAGCUCAGAGUCGGGAUGAGCAUUUUAGGAAAGAAACGCACCAAGACAUGGCACAGAGGCACUCUCGUUGCCAUCAGCCCUGUCGGAAAUGGUAUAUAUAAGUAUAAAGUGAAGUUUGAUAAAGGAAAGAGCCUGCUGUCUGGAAAUCACGUGGCUUUCGACUAUAACCCCACCUUGGAGAUUCUGUAUGUCGGGGCUCGAGUAGUUGCCAAGUACAAGGACGGCAACCUGGUGUGGCUCUAUGCUGGAAUAGUAGCAGAGAUGCCCAACAACAAGAACCGUAUGAGGUUUUUGAUCUUUUUUGACGAUGGCUAUGCUUCAUAUGUGACACUACCUGAGCUUUACCCAGUUUGUCGACCAUUGCAGCGUACCUGGGAGGACAUAGAGGAUGCAUCGUGUCGGGAUUUCAUCGAGGAGUACAUCACUGCUUAUCCCAGCAGGCCUAUGGUGCUCCUAAAGGUCGCACAGAUCAUCAAGACAGAGUGGGAAGGAACGUGGUGGAAGAGCAAAGUGGAGGAGGUGGAUGGAAGCUUGGUCAAGAUCCUCUUUUUGGAUGACAAGAGGAGUGAGUGGAUCUAUAGAGGCUCCACCAGGUUAGAGCCAAUGUUCAACCUGAAGAUGACCACCGCCAACACCCAGGAGAAGAAGCUGGCAGGCCAGCAGAGGACACGGCCUAACAUGGGAGCGUUGAGGAGUAAAGGCCCAGUAGUUCAGUACACCAGUGACGGACAUGUUGGAGCCUCCCCUGUCAAAACACCACAGUCCUCACCCAGCCAGCCUUCACAGACACCACAACAGCAACAACAACGUCCUCAGCCUGCACAGCCCCAACCAACCCAACAAAGCCCUCAGCUUUUACAGUCUGUGCAGCCCCCACAGGCUCCACGUGUUGACAAUAAACAUCAGAUGGCAAAGAAGAGUACUUCUCCGUUUGUCCCUGGGAUAGGAGGCACACAUGCCUCCAAAGUCAUGCAGUCUCUUUCCUCCAGUCCCAGUAACAUCUCUAGUGGAAGAAUGUUAAAUGCCCAAAAUGCUGGUACGCCCACGUUCGCACAGUCGUAUCAGAGACAGCUAACCCCUCUGGCUCCGGCCCCUCCUUCUGUCACCCACAUGGCCACCAUCCCACAUCAGCCCGCAUACCGUGCCCCGACGGACCGCAUCUUUUACCUGGCACAUGCUUGUCAGCCCGCCUGUCUGAAUCGUGUCCGACCGUCAAAAUCAGACAUGCAUCGAGGAAAGAACCCCCUGCUCACACCUUUACUGUACGAUUUCAGGCGCAUGACGGGACGACGCAAAGUCAACCGCAAGAUGUCCUUUCAUGUGAUCUACAAGGCUCCGUGUGGGCUUUGCCUGCGUAACAUGGCGGAGAUCCAACACUACCUCUUCCAGACGCGCUGUGACUUUAUAUUCUUAGAGAUGUUCUGUCUAGACCCUUACGUGCUCGUGGACCGGCCAUUCCAGCCACAAAGGCCUUUCUAUUAUAUUAACGACAUCACCGGGGGGAAGGAGGACAUCCCACUCUCCUGUGUCAACGAGAUCGAUUCCACGCCGCCUCCUAAAGUAGCUUACAGUAAAGAACGUAUUCCUGAAGAUGGAGUGUACAUCAACACCAGCGAUGACUUCCUGGUUGGGUGUGAAUGCACAGACGGCUGUCGAGACAAGUCCAAAUGCUCUUGCCACCAGCUGACCCUUCAGGCUACAGGUUGCACACCGGGGGCACAGAUCAACCCGAAUGCUGGAUAUUUGCACAAACGAUUAGAGGAGUGCCUCCCUACAGGGAUCUACGAGUGUAAUAAGCGGUGUAAAUGCUGUGCCCAAAUGUGCACCAACCGGUUGGUGCAGCACGGCCUGCAGGUGCGUCUCCAACUCUUCAAGACACAGAACAAAGGCUGGGGCAUCCGAUGUCUGGAUGAUGUGGCCAAGGGCUCCUUUGUCUGCAUCUAUGCUGGUAAAAUCUUGACAGACGACUUUGCAGAUAAAGAAGGUCUAGAGAUGGGUGACGAGUACUUCGCUAAUCUGGACCAUAUAGAGAGCGUGGAGAACUUCAAGGAGGGUUAUGAGAGCGAGGCUCACUGUUCGGACAGUGAGGGGAGCGGGGUGGACGUGUCGAGGAUAAAAAUCCCACCAUCCGCUUUGGUAUCGUCUAACCCUGUGGGGCGACCGCCCAGGAAGGGUGAGUCCAAUUCCAAAGCCCGAAGUCCGAGCUCAUCAGACGAGAGUAAUGAAGACGAUGACAAGGAUUCAAAGAGUGAAGAUGAGAGCGACAGUUCAGACGACACGUUUGUGAAAGACAACUACUACAACUCCAGCUCUGUGUGGAGGAGUUACACCACACGUGGUCAGGCCAAGGGCAACAAGGAAGGGAGUCAAGACAGUAAGGAUGGCUUGAGUGUGUCAGCCAAAGGAACUGAUGACGAGAAGCCACCGUCCAUGCCAGAGGAGACGGGGAAAAGCAAAGUGGCUUCCUGGCUUACCAGCCAGGGACUUAAGAAGGAAUCCGGAGACAGCAAGAGUCAAGUGAAGUCAGAAACUGGGAAGAAGCAGGAUGUGAUGACUCUGUCCGACAGUGAUGAUGUUCAGACCAUCAGCUCUGGAUCUGACGACAACAAGGAGAGAGAGAAAGUCACCCCGGGUGUUACUAAGAAGCAGGUAGCUGUGAAAUCUACUCGAGGCAUCGCCCUGAAGACUGGCCACGGGAUGAUGGUAAAAACAGGUACACCUGGAGGUGGGGGAGGGCCAGGAGGUCAGGGAGGAAAAGCAGGACAGCAAGGACAGACUGGAGGAGGAGGAGACAACGGUCCCAAAAACACCCGUCUGUUCUUUGACGGUGAAGAGUCCUGCUACAUCAUCGAUGCCAAGCUGGAAGGAAACCUUGGGCGUUACCUCAAUCAUAGCUGCAGUCCGAACCUUUUCGUCCAGAAUGUGUUUGUGGACACACAUGACUUGCGGUUUCCCUGGGUGGCGUUCUUUGCCAGCAAGCGGAUCCGGGCUGGCACAGAGCUGACCUGGGACUACAACUACGAGGUGGGCAGCGUGGAGGGGAAGGUGCUGCUUUGCUGCUGUGGAUCCACCGAGUGCAGAGGCAGACUGUUGUGAUCUGCAGCCAUCACGGACUUCAUUCCCUGUGCUGUAUCUGUAGGAAACUUAGAGGAAGCCUCUCAACACUGUAACCUUGUGUUUUGUUUUUGUUUGUUUUUUUAAGUUGAAUUUUAUUACAGCUUUUUUUUGUUGCCUUUAUUUUAUAUGACCAUGUUUUCUGAUUUAUCUCGUUUUAUCAUCACAUUUCUUUACAUCUGAAUAAAAUGCUGUUUUCUUUAAUGAA